GCAGCGGCGGGGCCGCCCCCAUCCCCGCGGCCGCCCUGAGGCGAGGCGGGCAGGGUGGUGGGGAGCUUCCCCCCUCCCCGCUGCUCCCACACCGCCGCCUCAUUAAUUAUCAUCGUUAUUAUCACCCCCCUCCCCGGGCACCCUCCUCCGCCUGGGGCAGCGCCCGCGGGGGGAGCGGGGGCCGAUCGCUCCGUGCCCGCGGAGGGGGCACGGUGCCUUCUUUGGGACGCGAUGUCUUAUUUGGUGUGGGUGGAUGGCUUAACUUGCUGGUAAUUUCUGCUGCGUCAACACCCAGCUCAAGGGAGAGGAGAAGAGACAAGGGGGCAUUUUAGCAGCAGCUCCACUUGCGAACAGCCAGCCCUCAAUCCCGGCUCCUGCCUCAAACCCUUUCCGCCCCCAAAAAACCGGCAUCCGUGCAACUUGGACCAAGAGUUUGUCAGGAGUGUGGUUCAAAACUGCUUGGAAAAAGGGAUGAGGUGAGGAUGUCCCUGUGCACUGGAGCAACGUGGCUGACAGAGGAGCAGGAGCUUUGCUGACGUCUAACAGGAUGAAGAGAUGGGCACAUGGACAGAGGUGGAAAUUGUGGGGAAAUGAGUGAGUGAAAUGCAGAGGCAAUACAAGGAAAUCUUACUGCGGGACAUCGGAUGAACCUUUUGGAGCUUCUUACCAGAGACCAUUCUCCUCUAUUCAUUAAAGCAUGCACUAUCCAGCUGUGAAACAUUGUGAAGUUUAUUUUUGCUAACAGGAAACAUUUUCAAAUAUCGUUCCGUCUUUCUCCCCCAAGAGCUGCCAGCGGUGCUGUGGGAAGGUGCAGAACAGGGCGCUACCUGUGCUGCCCUGGGGCUGUUGAUGUCCUCAGCUGUUGUAGGAGAAACACUAGACCUGGAACCCAGUUUGUUACUGGACUUGUGGAAGAGGAAGCACAAAGAUUUCCAGAUGAAUAACCGAAAGGAAGAUAUGGAGAUUGCUUCCCACUAUCGUCAUCUGCUGCGUGAGCUUAAUGAGCAGAGACAACACGGCAUCCUCUGCGACGUCUGCAUUAUCGUGGAGGGGAAAAUAUUUAAAGCUCACAAAAACGUUCUGCUCGGGAGCAGCCGCUACUUCAAAACGCUGUACUGCCAGGUACAGAAAACCUCCGACCAGGCCACGGUCACCCACCUGGACAUUGUCACCGCACAAGGCUUCAAAGCAAUCAUUGACUUCAUGUAUUCUGCACACCUGGCGCUGACCAGCAGGAACGUCAUUGAGGUGAUGUCAGCUGCCAGCUACCUGCAGAUGACGGAUAUCGUACAGGCUUGUCACAACUUCAUCAAAGCGGCUCUUGACAUCAGCAUAAAGUCGGACGCCUCGGACGACGUCGUCGAUUACGAACUCGGAGCCCCUUCCAGCAGCAGCACAGAUGCUCUGAUUUCGGCCGUGGUGGCCGGCAGGAGCAUUUCUCCCUGGUUAGCUCGGCGGACGAGCCCAGCGAACUCUUCUGGGGAUUCAGCCAUUGCCAGCUGCCACGAGGGAGGCAGCAGUUACGGAAAAGAGGAUCAAGAACCAAAACCAGACAGCCACGAAGACGUAUCGUCCCAGUCUCUUUGGUCUAGUGACAUGGGCUAUGGGUCUUUACGGAUCAAAGAGGAACAGGUCUCCCCGUCUCAUUAUGGAGGGGGCGAACUGCAUUCUGCGAAGGAUAGUGCAAUACAGAGCGCGUUCUCGGAGCAGGGAGUCGGGGAUGGCUGGCAGCCCUCCGGGCGCAGGAAGAACCGCAAAAAUAAAGAAACUGUGCGGCACAUCACGCAGCAAGUGGAGGAUGACAGCCGGGCGAGUUCUCCAGUGCCGUCUUUUCUACCUGCCUCAGGAUGGCCGUACAGCAGUCGAGACCCGAGUGCUGACGUGGCGGUGACGGAGCCCGGCGGCGCGGAUGGCAGAGCGGAGCAGCCGGAGCCCUUCGGCGUUGCGGAGGACGGGCCGGCGGGAGGGGAUGGCUACGGCCCGCAGCCCCACACCCCCGACAAGGAGGACGCGCUGCAGGCGGCCGCCGUCGCCAACCUGCGCGCCGCGCUCAUGAGUAAGAACAGUUUGCUGUCGCUGAAAGCCGACAUGCUGGGAGAGGAUAGUUCUCUGCUGUUUGAGUACUUACCCAAAGGCACGCACUCUCUCUCCCGGCCUGGCACCAACUCCGCUCCUUCCAGGGGCGACUGCGCUGGCAGAGUGGACGCCCCGGCCCCCCCGCUGCCGUCAGCACCCCCUGGCACCCGGAGCCCCCCCGCCAGCCACCCGGCUGGUGACGUGUCACCAGAACCCGGGACAGGAGGAGAGGGGCCUCCCCUGGCACAGGCCACUUAUGAUGGAGUUUUAGCACUUUGGCCAUUUGAUAACUCUGAUUCAGAUACGAGCUUUCCAAGGUACGAAGAUGUGGGACUCGCUGCUGCCGGCCUGUUCCUGGGCUCAGGAGCGCCCUGUGGGUUCUGCAGGCGGGAUUUGGGGGAGCACGUCCACAGACGCGCGCUCCCCACGCUGCUCCCCUUUGGCUCUGCCCUCGGUGUCGCUCCCGGACCCCUCGCCCGCUUCCAGUGCUCCCAGUGCCCCGCCAGCUUCACCCUCAAGUCCAACAUGGACCGGCAUGAGAAGACCGUCCACUUCAACUUUAACGAGUUCACGGUCAUCAGGAAGAAGUUCAAGUGCCCGUACUGCAGUUUCUCGGCCAUGCACCAGUGCAUCCUCAAGAGACACAUGCGGUCGCACACGGGAGAGCGGCCGUAUCCCUGCGAGAUCUGCGGGAAGAAGUUCACCCGCCGGGAGCACAUGAAGCGACACACCUUGGUCCACAGCAAAGACAAAAAGUACGUCUGCAAAGUGUGCAACCGCGUGUUCAUGUCGGCGGCCAGCGUGGGGAUCAAGCACGGCUCGCGGCGCCACGGGGUCUGCGCAGAUUGCUCCGGCCGCGGCAUCGCCGGCCACCUGGAGCACAACGGCGGGGACGGCUCUCCGGACGAGUGCUACCCCGGGGAAGGGCCCUACAUGGAAGACCCGGACGACAUCAAGGUGGAAGGAGACGAGGAGAUGGGAGAUGACGACGACAUCAAGUGGAAGGACGACGUGGGAAUGUCGCAGGAUGACGUGAUUUUGGAUGAUGACAAAGACGUCGACUCCCCGCAGGAGCAGGACAACUCUGGGGAGAACGACAAGGAUUUUACCUGGAUUUCUUAGGGAUUUGUUUUGGUUUGGGUUUUUUUUUUGUUGCGCUCUGUUGUUUGUAGGGGGAGGGAGGGCGGGGGAGGAAGGAGUAUGUUGGAAAAGCUAAGUAGCCUUGUUGUCGUCCAUGUGUGCGAAAUAACUCUUGUGUUUUCUGAACAAGUCCUUCUCUGUUCCACUCGGAUCUCGUCUCAGCAGCGUUGGCACGACUGACUUCGCCCUCCCUUGUCCCCUCCCGAGUGUCCCCGAGCGCGGCCGCAGCUCCGGCCGGGCUGCACCCACCGCGCUGGAGCUUUCACAGGUGCGAGGGUUGGGUGACACAUGAGCCCUCAUUCCCUUCCCACCCUGAACCGAAGACCGGGGAGAUUUUUGUGUCUGAAGCAGGUGGUUUUGGUGGUGUUUGGUUUUGGUUUGGUUUGUUUUUUUAACACCUUGUCCGUGUGCUAAAAUCCCAGCAGCAGUAGAAUUCCAAGCUAUCGUUGUGAAAGCAAAUCGAUGGGUGUGUUGGAGGGCUUCCCCUGACCACGCAGACCUUUUGCAAAGCUAUUUAAAGAGAGUUUUUAUUAUUUUUUAUGGAGCCAAAUAGAUCAAAAGGCAAGUCAGAUUACAGCCUUACGAAUUCUUUUCUUAGAUUCUUAGCUUCCAAAAGGAAUCGCCAUCAAAAAAAGAAUGUUCAUGACCUCUCUUGGAACUACUGGCGUCUUACCCACGUCCCGUCUUCCAGCCUUGGUUCUCUGCGGUCGCCGAAACGCGCGUUGGUGCUUCCAGCAGCACCUUAGCUAUAAAGGACACGGGUCGUUCUCUGCCUGUCACUCUCCACAAAUAUCUUCACUUUUCUCCCUUUGCUCAGCUGCCUUUUUCUUAAAUAUAUGCAAACCGUAGCAAAAACAAGGCAUUUAGCAUUUGCGGGAUGAACUGGGCAACGCGAGAAGCCGAGGUGAGGAGAUCCCCCCUGGGGGGAAUGUCAGCGGUGUUGGUGGCACCAGGGUGUCCCCUGGCACCUUGGUCUCCUUGCCAAGCUAAAAAUCAUCAUUUAUGACCAGUAGGCGUAACACCUGCUUAAUUCAUGACAGAAACCUUCAGCUUCAGCUGCACUGGUUCCAUGUAAGUUUUCAAAUAGACCUUUUUUUAAGUAAGAACCAGGUUUCUCUCCAGUGUCUCCUGAGAGACUGGGGGGCUGCUCCGGGUAGGUGGAUUCUUCUCCGUAUCGGCCACUGUUGCCUUCAUCCAGCUCCCCCGAAACGCCAACAGCAGCAAAGUGCGUUGGACGCGUCUUGUUCCUGAGAAGCAGCUUCUUUUACCCUUCACCUCUUUGCUUCUGGUGCUUUUUUAAAUAAUAAAAAAACCAAACAGCGAAGACCUCACUCUUCCCUUGCCAUGGAGCAAUUUUAUACCGUGUCUGUCUGUGGUGAUGGUGCCUUGAAACCUGCCACAAAAGACACCCUGUUACCAGAAAGCCAGAUGACUAAAGGUGCUAUUUUUCAUCCUUGCCGGGGUGCUGGUCUGUAACAAAAAGCAUCACUCCACCCAGCAAAGGAAAUAAGAAAAUAUAUUGUACAAUAAACCCCAGAAAAGCAAAUAAUCUAUGAGGAUUUAAGCCACUGGGUGCCAGGGUUCGGCAGAGCGCGGUGGCAGCCCCAGUUCUUUCGCCGGGUCUUUUGUAAUUCCCCGAUUUAAGGCGCAUCCUGGGCUUGUGGCGUUGGGUUCAUUGCAGACGUUCGCUGCCGUCUCUGGGUGCGUCGUCCCGGGUGUCAGAAAUAUGGGGUUUUUUCCCUAAAAUCUUCGCUUUGGCUCCAUGAGGCCACGUGGGCACCGUCCGCUGCCGGUCCUGGGAUGGGAAAGUGAGGUGGGACUUGGCGCUUCCAGCCGGUGAGAACAGAGAACCCUCUUCUUUAAGUACUUCAAGAGCGGAGCGGGGAGGUCAUGUAGAAACACUUUGAAUAAACUGUAAAAAAGAAUAUAAAUCUGAUUUUGCAUUUUAGCUUCUUGUAAAGCCCUCCUACUGUAUUUAAAAAGACAUAAACUUGGGUAUUUUACGAUUGGACCUUUGUAUAUUCUUUUUUCCAGCACUCGUAGCGUGUUGGGGGGGUCCCGGAGCGAGGUCGCUGUUUCGUUACCCCCACUUUUCUUGCUAUUUAUUGUCAUUUAUCCUGUAAAUACGGAAGGGGGCAGGGGGUGUCUGAGGUCCUGAACUUGCAGCCUCACCUGUUACAUGUAGACAAAUACAUACAGUACUUAAAAGAUAACCUGUAGCUUUGCUUUUUAUAUGUAAAAAUCUAUUUAAAAAAGAUUUAGAAGGCAAACCCGUGUGUUCGGUGACAUUCCGUCUCGCCCGUCUGCCCGGCGCUGCCGUCGUCCCCGUGCGAGGAGGAGCAGGCGAUGGGCUCAACCCUCCUCGUCCUCCCGCCCGGGGGUGACUCCGCUUUUACAGCCGGAGCUUUGGGGUGUUCAGCUUUACUUGGCAAUUCCUUUGGAAGUAUUUUAGUGUUUUUUAUUUCUUUCCUUUCUCGCAAAGGGCGGGCAGGAGGCUCUCGGGGCCGCUUGGAAGCUCUUUGAGCUAAGGAUGCAAAAAAAUAACUCAAAAGGAGAGAAAAGCGUAAAAUCCACGUAAAAGACGACUGUUACAAUGUUGCCGUUAUAAUCAGCACAUGCUUCUAUAUUACUAACAAACACUAUAUAUACCAAAUAAAAUCCUUCUAACACCGGCCAUGUAUUCUAAGUGCUUUGUUUUGGUGGAGGUGUGCGGAUUUGGAAAUGUGGGAAUUAGUCUUUAAACUUGUGCUCCGGCAGGCGCUCGGGUUCAAAAAAAAAAAAGGGAUUUGGGCUUUUUUUUAGUGCUGAAACUUUAUAAAACUUGCCGCGACCUCUGGGGCUCCUCCCGGACCCGCUGCCUAUGCAAACUUGUGGAGAUACAACCAAACCCGGCAAUCCAGCCCCUUCUGUCCUGCAGUAGCUCGAGUAGCCUCUAGUGUCUUGUCUUUGUAUUUCCCUUCAGGGCUUUGUAUAUUUCACUGAGGUUCCCUUUUUUUAAUUUUUUCUAAAUAUAUAUAUAUAUAUGUGCGCGUGUAUAUAUAUACAGAUUUAGUUUCCAAAAAAAUAACUCCCUUCUAGGUGAAAAAUUGAUACACUCGGUCUCAAUAACUUGUGAUUAAUUUGUUUUUUAAGUCUUUGUAUCUACUUGUAAAUGUCCCUCCCUGGAUUUCUCCAUUAUCCUCAUGGUUUUAAAUCCAAAAGUGUGCCAGGGGUACAAUAAGAGCGUUUGGAGCCGCUUUGCGACUGUCCCGCGCAGAACGGGGCGCGAUGGCAUCGACCUGUCCCUGUCCCCGAGGACACGGCGUCCGCGAUAUUGGAGAAUAUCGUCACAAACGAGGUUCUGGCGUGGCCUUCCGGCAAUUCAGUGCUAAAAAGUGUCAUUUAAAAAUCAUAAACCACCCAUUUUCUGUAUAAAGUCACGCUAAAGCCUCGCGGUGACUUUGUGGGGAGGCGAGAGGGGGAUGUGUGCCAUGAGGGUUUGCAAAGUGACUGUUCUUUUCCCUUUUUAAUCAAGUAAUUGGUGUUUCGGACUGCAGAAGGCUUCUAUUUCGUUCGUUCUCUAGCGUUCCAUUCCUUCUCUCCACUCACGCCUUCCAACACUCCGCUGGUCCAAAGCGAAGCCGCCUUGGGGCUGGGGGUUCGGGGUCCUGACGGGACUCGGUUCGCGGGCUGAGCCCCCGGGCGCCCCCACCCCCACAGUCCCCGUUUUGCACAUCGCCCCUUAGGAAAGAAACUCCAUGAAAAUAAUGCAAAAAACUGGAAUUUUUUGCAAUGUUAUGAAAGAUAACCUUAUUUUAGCUCAUUCUGUGACAUGUGCAACUCCUAAGAAAGCCAUACUUAAUGGUUCUUUUUAUUCUUUAGAUUCCAUGUUGUGUUUUGAAUUUCUGCCUUUCUUUUCGGUUCUGCGUAGUGAGAGUGCUGUGUGUAUGCUUUCAUAUAUAUUUAUUUUUCAACGUGCUUUAAACCUGUCUACAAAAAUCAACAAGCAAACAAACGAAAAAGGACAGUGUUUGAGGAUUGUUGAUUAUUUUUUUUGCUGGGAAUAUUCUAUAUUAUACUGACUUUAUAUUAAUUAUUAUAAACCUGUGUUUGUAUUGAAGAUGUGUUUAAUAUUUGGGGAGGUGGAGGAGGUUUGAGUACCCGGGAGUCGGGGGAGAACAUGCUGUGUUGUACUGAUUCUCUGUCCAUGUAGUUCAGGUAAAUAAUGACCUUAUUUUCUAGUUGCUCUCCGGUUCCUGGGCCGUGUGCCUGCGAUCGCAGAGCUCGUGAUGGGGUUUAGCUUAGACACACUUGCAAAAAUCAAUCAGUUUCAAUAAAUUGGGAAAUUGCUGCUACA